CCGUUAGGCCGAAUGGGGAACGAUGAAUUGAGUCCACCAUGGCUAAUACCAAUGCUGAGAGCAAGUUACUUCAUUCCCUGCUCCAUUCAUGGAGAUUCCCAUAAAAGCGAAUGCAACAUGUUCUGUUUGGAUUGCAUGGGAAAUGCUCUAUGUUCUUACUGUUUGAUCGAUCACAAAGAUCACCGCGUCGUUCAGAUAAGACGGUCCUCGUACCACAACGUGGUGAGGGUUAUUGAGAUUCAGAAGUACAUCGACAUAUCUUGUGUUCAGACCUACGUUAUCAACAGCGCAAAGAUUGUAUUCCUGAAUGAGCGGCCGCAGCCUAGGCCUGGGAAGGGUGUCACAAAUACAUGUGAGAUUUGUUGCAGAAGUCUCCUUGAUUCCUUCAGAUUUUGCUCCUUGGGUUGCAAGCUUGGGGCAAUGAAGCGUGGUGAACCAGAGCUCACGUUUACGCUGAGAGUGAAGCACAACAGGGAUUCCUUCAAUGGUGGGUCAGAAUCAGAGGAGUCGACAACCCCAAAGAAGAUUCGGAAGAAGCAUACCUUCAGCCGCAUGAUGAUGAUGGAUAGCCCUGCAAUUUCAGCCGCUGCUCACUUCUAUUAUGGAGGAGAGAGGUCUUCUUGCUCGGGAGAUGAGUCCACUACAACCAUAUCUCCGGCAACUCCUCCCAUUUUCAACCACAGCAAUGCCGGGAGAAGAAAGGGUAUUCCCCAUCGAGCCCCACCAUUUUGA